GUCUGACAGAUCUUGGAUCUUUCAAAGUCGCCGUGUUUUCUUAUUGUAAUUGUAUAAAAACAUUAAAAUAAUUACAAAAUGUACACAGAGGUGGAUGUAUUCGUUAGUAAUUACACUUUAAUAGAUCCUGAAAUAUAUCAGUUAUGGAUAGAAGGUUGCUCAUCUAGCGAAGCAGUGUCCACGCUGCACCAGCGCGGCGUCGCCAAGCAGAUGGGGGCCUCCGUGGAGCUCAUCGCCAGCGAUGUGCUGGAUCACUACAGGACAUUUGCGCUGCUGGAGCGACUCCUCACAGUGCCGACCAAGCUGUCGGAGCAGAUGGUGUUCCAGAUAGAUGAAGCUACCAAGCAGAUGCUCAUUGAGAAGUAUUAUGAGUUGGACGAUGCAGUAAUAAGGGAGCUGCUCGGGCGAAAACUGUCGUCGCGGCAUAGAAAAGAUUUGGAUGAGGUGGCGGAGCGCUCGGGCGCGCCGCUGCGCUGCUGCCGGCGGCAGUUCGACAACGUGCGCCGCGUGUUUCGGGGCGUCGAGGAGAUGCCUGGCAACGUCGUCGCCAAUAUUAGAUCCACGUUCUUACUGUCCGAACCGCUUGCUAAAAAAUAUGGCGCUGUGGUGUUCAUAGCGUGCAUGCGAUUCGAGACCACCAAACGCAAGCUACAGUAUUUGUGCUUCAACGACUUCUACCACUGCGCUCAGUCAAUAAUGACUUCUUGGACGUAUUCGUGCACGGGUCCUGAGUACUACGACACAGAGAUGGACCGCGAGUUCUUGUUAGAACUGAGGGAACUGCGCAUCCUGCUGGACAAGGAGAAGGAACACAAACACUUGAUAUGUAUGCGUCUGAAACCAAAGCUAUUGGAGAAGUCAUACCAAGAGCUAGAACUGAACUUCAGGUUAUAUACGAGAGCUUUAGUGGGCCUGGCGUGCAACCUGCAUCGCGGAAGAGAGCUGAGGUCACUCUUUAUUGACCUCCUGGAAAGAUGUGUGGAGCCAUUACGAGCAGGCGGCUGGCCACGCACCGAUUUGGCUCAGUUCUUGAGCGCAUACGAGCAAUGUGCUCUACAGAUGGACGUGCUCAGAGAAGCAGAUCUGAAGAGCGUCUGGGAGAGAUACAUGAAAGUAGUCAGCCAGUGUUUGCUCACAAUGUAUCACGCUUGAAGACCAGAAAAUUCAGAGUUAGUAAAACAGUAACUUCAAUCAAAGAGAAUUUGAAACAGAGGUGGAUUGUCAAAGAAAAUUUUGUACCAAAGUAAAUUUACUGUCAUCUUUCGACGCAUGAUUAAAUCUUUUACAGUACAUAUGGUUGCUACUUUACCGCAUUAGUGCGAAAAUUAGAAUAUUACGUUACUAUGUCGAACAUUUAAAGGGCCAUAUGUACUGUAAAACGUACGAUACAUGUGCGAAUAGGUAAUUCGCAACUCGUGUCGAUUUAAAACACUCCCUUCGGUCGUGUUUUAAUUUAUCGCCACUCGUUUCGAAUUUCCUAUUUUUCGCACUUAUAUCGUAAUAUACUAUUAGAACGCCAUUUGAUUUUGAUUCUUAUUCUUUUACUGAUAUGUCUUAAAUUUGUUAAAUAUCAAAAAGUGGCGCCAUCUAAUAGAUCGAAGGCCAAAGGUAUAAGGUAUAAGGGGUAAGGUAUAGGUAGGUAGCAAAGGUAAUGCGUUCAGGGUGCUGAUGCGGCUGCCCCGCUUCUGCAGCGCAUCAGGGAUGUUUGCGGAAGCGGGAGUUGACUGCUUUUAUGCAACAAUCAGAAAGAAAUGCGCGUCCCUGGUGCGGCGGGUGCGGGAUAGCCGCAACCGCAUCCUGGCCAUGAUAGCGGAUAGGAUUGAUUGUCCUUAUAUACGACAUUGCUGCAGUGUGCACAUCUCUUACAAUGCUGUGUAGUGGCUGUGUCUCUUACAAUGUAGUGGGGUGAUGUGCGCACUGUUGCAAUGGAGUAUUUAUUUAUUUGUGUACAUAGCCAUAGUAAUAUAAAAAUCUUAGAUAUAAGAAUACUAACGUAGAUAAUAGGAUAAUGAACUAUUUUGUUACUAACCAUGUAUUAUGAAUCCUUGUUAUUUGAAAUAAAUGAUUAAUAAUAAUAAUAAUAGCAGCAUAGUUUCGAGCGAUGGCGCCAUAACCUUUAGGUGGUGCCCGGUAAGAUGGCACCACUUUUUAAUAAUUUACAAAUUUAACACAUAUCCGUGAAAUAAUAAGGAUCAAAGUCAAAUGGCGUUCGAAAAGUUAUAAUCAUGUGUCGAAAGAUGGCAGUAAAUUUACUGUGGCUACAAAGUUUUGACAAUGCUAUUUCAAAUUCUCUUUGCUUCAAUUAAGUUAUUAUAAAAGUACGCUUACCACGAAGGAUUUCGUACGUUGACCCGCAUGUUCGUAUCUCUUGCACGCGCAAGACCACAUAGCUGUCCCGCUCGCACAGUAUCAUUAACUGCCGGCAUCAUGGGCAGGACAGCAAAUUUCUCGUGAUACCGUACUUUCUUUAGCUAAAAAUAUCAAGUUUUGAAAGUUUUUUUUAGUUUAAAAUAAAAUAUUAUGCAAUAAUGUUAAUUAUUAAUACCGUAGUAUAACUAUGUACAGACAUGAUAUUUUUAAUAAUCUUGACAUAAUAUUUCAAUUGUAAUUUGAUAUUAAUGAACAUAAUGAUUAUUGUAAUUUUAAUUAAAUAAAUAAAAAUAAAUAAAUAUUAUAGGACAUUAUUACACAAAUUGACUAAGUCCCACAGUAAGCUCAAUAAGGCUUGUGUUGAGGGUACUUAGACAACGAUAUAUAUAAUACCUAUAUAAAUAUUUAUAAAUACUUAAAUACAUAGAAAACACCCAUGACUCAGGAACAAAUAUCCAUGCUCAUCACACGAAUAAAUGCCCUUGAAUAAAUUAUAGAUAUACAUUUUUAUUAUAACAGUUUUGAAUGAUUCACGGUUAGUUACACUAGACUUAAAUCGACCGGGAUUUAAAUCGUGAUUACUUUUUAUAUUGUUUUUCAGCUCAAGAUAUUUCGACGCAGUUACAUGCGUCUUGUUCACAGGUAACGGGACAUCUUGUCCACGGGUAACGGGACAUCUUGUUCAAGGGUAACGGGACAUCUUGUUCACGGAUAACGGGACAUCUUGUUCGCGGGUAACGGGACAUAUUGUUCACGGGUAACGGGACAUAUUGUUCACGGGUAACGGGACACAUUGUUCACGGGUAACGGGACAUAUUGUUCACGGGUAACGGGACAUCUUGUUCACGGGUAACGGGACAUCAUGUUCACGGGUAACGGGACAUCUUGUUCACGGGUAACACCACCCGUUACCCGUGAACAAGAGGCAUGUAACUGCGUCGAAAUAUCGGGAGCUCAAAAACAAUAUAAAAGGUAAUUACGGUUUAUAUUCCGGUGUCGAUUUAAGUCUAGUGACACAUUUUAUUAUUCACAAUGUGAUGAUAAAACUUUAUUUUCUGAUAUUUUCAUGUAAUAUUUUGCGGAUUGGGGCUAGCGUGGGCCCGAGCCCUCUCGCGCAUGAGAGGAGGCCUGUGCCCAGCAGUGGGACGUAUAUAGGUUGAAUUAUUAUUAUUAUUAUUCAUGUAAUAUUUUAAGAAUAUAAUAAAUAAAUGAGUAUGAGCGUGGAAUAGAGAUAGCAACAGGUGGGUAAAAUUCCGUGUGCAAAAUUAAGAUCGUUUCUAAUUUUCGAUAUCUAGUUCCGUUAUAAUAUUCGUGGAGCAAGCCCGGCCGAAUUCCACAUUCCCACACAGUUUCGUUCUCAUUUUAAAACUACGUAUUGGAUUGUAAUGAAACUUUACACAUACAUGAUAUAUAUACCUGAAAUUAGUUUAUAUUGCCUUAGCCUUUUAUUGACGACCGGUUUGGCUUAGUGAGUAGUGACCAUGCCAACGAAGCUGAUGGUCCCGGGUUCAAAUCCUGGUUAGGGCAUUUAUUCGUGUGAUGAGCAUGGAUAUUUGUUCCUGAGUCAUGGGUGUUUUCUAUGUAUUUAAAUAUUUAUAUAUUAUAUAUAUCAUUGUCUAAGUACCCUCAAUACAAGCCUUAUUGAGCUUACUGUGGGACUUAGUCAAUUUGUGUAAUAAUGUCCUGUAUUUAUUAUUAUUUUUUAAUUUUGUUUUAGUGCUCCACCAUAUAAAACAAACGAAAUAGAGAAAAAACAAGUUUCGUAUGAAAAUAUUUAAUUCGCUGUAUUUUUUUUUCUAUAGUAUCUAAUGAUAACUAAUUACAGCCCUAAGAUAUACCUUAUCCUAUUGUAAGUACAAAGUUUCAGAGCAAUCUAGCUAGUCGUUUCAAAAUGAGAGCUUAACUACGUUUGUAUGGAGAACCGAGCUAGCUGGGGACGCUUAAACUGUACAAUUGUUUUUUGGAAAUAUUUAUAGUCUGCCAAACUGACUAAACCCAUACAAAAGGGCGGCAAAUAAAAAAUUGUAAGCCUAUCCCAUGGAAAUAUUGAAUUUCACAUCUUUUCCUACUGUUUGGCUAUAUUAAUUAAAUAAUAUAUAUUAAUAUAUAUAUAUUCAUUAAUCGAAUCCUUAAUGACAUUAUAAUACUAGUCAAGGCAAGCGUCUUCGUGAAUGGCACGAUCUAUAUUAUGAUAUUGUAUAUGUGAAAAAGAGACAAACUGAUGUGUAAGUUUCAUGUGUUUUUUUUAUAUUUGUUUUUUUUUUUGCUUCGUCAUUAAUGUAGGUACAACGCAAAA